UCGCGGUCACUCUGGUUUUCACAGCAACAGCAAAGUAGACGGACGACGUUGGUCUCGUCAACGAGAUUUUCGAUACAAAAACAAAUAGAAUUAACAAGAAGCCCCAAUCCACAAGAUGAUGAAAGCCGCGUCCUGUGCCUAUGUGCGCGCCAGCGCCCAGGCACUGUCCAGCAGCCUGCGGGCCAGUGGAGCCGCCGUUGCCACGCGCCAGGCACACACGGAUCUGCGCGUACCGGAUUUCUCCGCCUAUCGUCGUGAUUCAGUCAAGGAUGAGCGUCGCCGCAACGAGAGCGCUGAGGAGCGCAAGGCUUUCUCCUAUAUGCUGGUCGGUGCUGGCGCCGUUGGCGGUGUCUAUGCGGCCAAAGGCAUGGUCAAUGCUUUCCUUGGCUCCAUGAGUGCCUCGGCCGAUGUGCUGGCCAUGGCCAAAAUUGAAAUUAAAUUGGGCGACAUCGCCGAAGGCAAAUCGGUGACGUUCAAGUGGCGCGGUAAGCCACUGUUCAUUCGCCACCGCACCCCGGCCGAGAUUGAAACGGAAAGGGCUGUGCCCACAUCGGCGCUGCGUGAUCCCGAAACGGACGAUCAACGUGUGCUCAAGCCCGAAUGGCUCGUGGUUAUUGGCGUUUGCACGCACUUGGGCUGUGUGCCAAUUGCGAAUGCCGGUGAUUUUGGUGGCUACUAUUGCCCCUGCCAUGGCUCCCAUUAUGACGCCUCCGGCCGCAUUCGCAAGGGACCGGCGCCAUUGAAUUUGGAAGUGCCCACCCAUGAGUUCCCCGACGAGGGCACCCUUAUUGUUGGUUAAGCCGUCAAGAGUUGUUUACGUUUAAGCAAAGCCCCUGCGACAGCAUAUAGAGAAUGGAUUGAUGUAAAUUAAUAAAAACCACACCAAAAAAAUCAAACUGUUCUCUUCGGGCUGCCAAAGAUUGAAUACCCCGAUCCGUCCCCCUGCCCCAUGUGUACUGCUUGCAGCAAACCUCUACUUAUACAGCGUUUAACCAAUAUAGUUGAGACUAAAGCACUUGUCUGCAGAGAAAGAGAUCCUCUGACCUCUCACUUAUUGAAACUAUACAUACAUAUGCACACUUUAUGAUGCCGUUGUCUUAUAAACUGUCUUACACAUUUCGUGACUAAAACUAAGAACCUUUAGCAAGAAUA